AGAAUAAUGAAAAAAGUCGCCAACUUUGACAGAAGACAAAAUCAUGACAGAAUGCAAUGCAAUGACAUUCCGUUCCGAUGUCUCCGAUGAGGCUGAUUGUUUGUCUGAUUGAAAUUGUGUCAAAAACCUAGAAGUGUAUGGUAAAUUUAUAAAUUUUGUUUUUAUAAAUAUAAUGUUGAAACGACAAUUAGACGUGACCCGAUGGUAAAUACAAAAUAUGGCUGCGACUCCGCCUUGAAAGAAUAAUAACAGUAAAAACAGAUUUUAACGAGUACCUACGUAGAAAUAAAUUUGCAUCAACAUGGAUAUAAAUCAGCUUGUCAGCAAAAAUCAGUCCAUUAAGAUAGUUCCGUCGAUAGAAGAAACUCUACAAAACCAAGGACUUGAUGUAGAUUUGGACGAUAUUACAAUAUUAUGGUUGCGUCAAUUGAAAGAAACUUGGAAAACGUGGAAGAGGAGUCCUACCAUUGAGCACCAUAUCGAAUUAUUUUUCAACUCCAGGGCCGAUGCUUUUCGCGUAGCCCUGGUCUUCGUAAUAAAAUGCGAAGAUUCAAAAGAUUGUAAGACAAAAACAUUACCCUAUUUUAUUAUUGAGAUUUUACAUAAAUGGUCAAGAGCAGACAAUUUAGUACCUGAGGACUGUCUAAAACUGCCUGCAUUUCACAUAGCCAUCAGGCAAAGGAACCAGAGCUUUCUGAGUCUUAUGGCUAAAACAUAUCAAUUAUCAACCAUGAAAGAAACCAUUUUGCCAAUUGUAAGGUCAAUGAUCACAAAUGAUAAUUGCAAGCAAGCAUGUCAAGUUGUCAUAGCACUUGAAUUAUUUGACGAUAUAUCAGUACAAGAAUUACUAUUCCCAUUGAUUCUGCAAGACAAAUCCAAUAUUAUUGAUGAAUAUCUUUCAGAGUGCCCUGCUCAAGUUGCACCACUUCUUCAAUUUUUGGAUAUGCUACUUGACAAAAAUUUUAGCAUUCGUGAAUAUGUUCAAAAUUAUAUUGAAGAACAUAACAUUUGUAACAUCAAAUAUGAUAAAAUACACUAUAAGCCAUUGGGCAAGUUGGUGGCAAGAUUGUGCAAUAAAUUCAAGGUUCCAAUUGAAACUUGCAAAAAUCUUAGUAAAAAUCGAACAACUGGAGGUCUGAGGUAUUUAAUUCACCAAAAAUAUGAAGAAAAUAAUUUAAGCACAGCGGUCUGGGAUGAUUUAAUCAAAGAUUCACUUCGACAGAACACUGACUCAGCACACGAGUUCAUUGAUAUGCUUGUGGCAUAUGACAAGAAUGAAGCUCUUAAAUGGGCAUCAUAUUUGAACUUACAAGAGAAUCUGUUGCCAGCUGUCUUAAGGGAAAUGACUAUUCAAAGUGAUGAGGCAGAACCUGAGAACUGGGACACAGAUGUCAAGAGUGAGACUACUCAUCAGGAGUAUUAUAAGUUUACUUUGCCUCUAGAGCAAAUCAUUAUGAUAGAUACAGCGGAAAAGUUUUACGACCUGAUGGUGAACGAUUUAGCAGGAUGUAGUCUAGUAAGUAUUGAUUGUGAAUGGAAACCAUCAUUUGGUGCGAAACAAUCUCAAGUAGGGCUUAUCCAGAUAGCAACUGAUAGAAAUGUGUACCUUAUAGAUAGUAUCAUACUCAAUCAAAAGCAAUAUUCCAGCUUUUGGCACACUUUUUACAAAUCUCUCUUGGACAAUGCUGAAAUAGUCAAGAUCGGUUUUGGUCUUGAACAAGAUUUGAGGGAAAUGAAGGCAUCAAUUAUUGGUUUGAAUAACAUGAAGCUAAAAGGAGAAGGGCUGCUGGAUAUUUGUAUAUUAUGGAAGAACCUUAUAAGUUGCGGAUUAGUUUUGCCAAGCAACAGUGACAGUGCUGGCAACAGCCUGAGUUCUCUAGUCCAAUCAUGCUUUGGCUUGCCGCUUCAGAAAUCAGAGCAGUGCUCUAAUUGGGAAUUACGACCAUUGCGGGACACACAGAUCCAAUAUGCCGCUCUGGAUGCCCAUGUCCUAAUCCAGAUAUAUUAUUUCCUUCAGCAAAAAUGUUUGGAACAGAGAAUAGAUUUUGACGAAAUAUGCAAUGAAGUAACACUGGAAAGAAAGAAAAAGUGUUCAAAGAAAUUUAAAGUUGUAGAAAAAACUCAAAUUUUUGUUCCAUUAAAGUCAGUUAAUGAUGUAAAACUGUUCAUUGAACCUGAAUUGUCAAACUUAAUGACAUAUUUAAGGUAUUGUGGAAUAGACACUAUGCUGAUUCCACCUACUUUAUUAUGGCAUGAUGUUAUAAAUUUAGCUAUAAGUGAAGAUCGUUUGGUUGUUACAGCUAAGUAUAAGUGCACUCCUUUUGAGGAAUUUCCACAAAGCUGUAUAUUUGAUGCAGGUAAAGGUAGUGUUAAAGAGCAACUUCAAAUGCUCCUUACUAAUUGUAAUGUAGGCAUUAAGCAGAAUGAUAUACUUAGUCGUUGUUUGUUAUGUAAUGGCAAAACUUUGAAGAAUCUGGCAGUUGAUGAGGUAUAUAAAAUUUGUAAUGAGUAUCAAACUUCACAGGCUAUCCAAGUUAACAAUAAGGCAUAUGCCAAAGAUUAUGAUGAGGACGAAGAGUUUUAUGAUAGAUUUAAUAGUGAUUCCGAUUGUGAUGAAGAUUCCUUUCAACCAAUGCAUAAGCCGGUGCUGAAGGCAACUUGUCUCACUAGCAAGGGUGUGCCUGUUGAAAUAAGUAAUGUUGAACAACUUUCAUCCUCUGGAAAACCUGCAGUAUUGUGUGAGCUAUGUGGCAAGUUAUUUUGGGAUGAAGAUGAAUGUUUAAAACCUGUCAGUGAACUAGUUUUAAGCAUCACAAAACUCAGCAUCUGAGAAUAAAUUUACCAUGGUACAAAUUCAUAUUAAAAGCAAUACUGUUUUAAAGUAAAUUGUUUAAUCAAACAUUAAUAUAUUGCCUAUUAUAAUAUGUGUAUAUAACAUAUUUUAGAUAGUUAAUCAUUAUAUAUUAUACUUAAGUGUUAAAGCAUGAUUCAUGAAUAUUAAUCAAUUUAAAGUAGUAAGCUAAUGCCUAUCUAUGGUGAAUCUCAUAUUUGUUUGGUCCCAAAACAUUUGAUUAAGGAAAAAUGUACAUGUAAGUAUUGUAAGAUUGAUUGAAUGUAAUAUCAAAGAGGAUAUAAUAGGUUAGAGCGGUACUGUCAUAGUAAAUUUUGUAACCACAGUAAAUUCACUGCCAUCUAUCGACACACGAUUAAAACUAAAAAUGAGUAUGAGUAUAAAAAUACCAUAAAAUGUAUUUAUAUAUGGAUAAAUGAUUCUUUUUAUUUGCAUUAAUUAUUUAAUAUGAUUUUGACCCAUGUAUAUGCGUUAAAGUUGUUAAAUAACAAAUGAAACUGUCAGCGCCAUCUAUCCGAGAGUAGGCCAAAGGUAGUGGCGCCAUCAUCGAGAAUCAAAUCUUCUUGAUUUUCGAGGCACGUUUUUUUCCUUAGACUGUAUCCAUCUAUUACGGAGUUAUAUCUAUCUUUGGUAAUAUAAAGAGUCCUUUUAGGUAUAUCCAAAUGCGGUUUUGUAAAAAAAAUGGACAAUGUAUUGUUAAUUUAAAAAAAAUAAACAAUUAUGUACUUAUAUUUCAAGUCACCCUUUAUCAGACAAACCAUUUAGCUUAUAGGUGUAUAUUUGCAGGUCUGAAAAAUGAAUUCUCCAAGUAUGAUUUACAUAGAAUUUUCCUAUUUAGAAUCCAUCUUAUGGGCAUUCCACAAGAAUUUCGCUUCAAAAUGCCAUUCUUCUGAUACCUACUUUUAAAAAUGCUGAGAAAGCGAUAAUAACUAACUUAGAGAACUUAACUGACACUGUUACUAGAAAUAUUUAAUUACUUUGCUUGCAAAUUGACAGUAUAUCCUUGAGCUUUCCGCAUUUAAUUGAAAUGACAUACAAGGCACAAACAUUUAGCAAGCGACUUUUUCGUGGAAUGUCCCUUUACAAAGUAUACUUAAGCCACUUAUGAAAGCCGUAAGCAUUGUUGCCAAUGAGUUUUUCAGUUUUAGACAACUAUAACUAUCUAUAAAAUAAGCUAUUAAAUGAUAUGUUUAAGCAUAUUAAUAAAUGUUAAGUAAAAUGUAAUUCUUUGGUGUAACGUAACACUAAGCACAGGUAACUUGUUAAAAUAAUUGUUAUAUUUUAGUUUUACUUAUAUUAUUUCUUCGAGUCGGGAGUUGCGUAGCUUCACGUCACGGCGGUGAUGUUACAAAUUAAAUUAACAAAAUUAUAAGGUGCUAAAUCGUUUAGCCACUUUUGAAAAUGAGUUUAUUACUAAAAUAAAGGAGUCUUGGGGUUAACCCGUGAACGGAAUGUGAUCAAACUGCUAUUUGGAGUUUUUCGUCUCAUAUGCUUUUCCAAUUACCUUGAAGUCGUAAUAGUCGUAUAUAGUACCUACUUUCAUAACCAUUUAUUAUAUUUUAUGUUAAAAUUCAACUAGUUAAAACAGUUCCAAGAAACGUUUCGUUCGUUGACGAGUAAUCAAGGGUCGGUUGCACCAAACCGCAUGUCACCGUUAAAAACUUCGCAAAAAAUUAUUGUAUGGGAAGUUUCAUCAGAUCUCUGCUGCGUGACGUUGAUCAGCCUGUUAACUGUGGUUGGUACAACUGACCCUAUUUGAGUUCAUUGAAUCAACGACCACAACUAGUCUUAUGAUGAGUUGAAUAACGAACAUGCUUUUAAAUCAACUUUAAAUAUUUUCCUAUCGGAAUAACCCCAGUACACCUUACAAUACACUUUGCGUACCAAAAUCAGACAAACCAAACCUACGCAACCCUGACAUAUUAAUUAGACUCUAUUCUGUUUAGCGAUUUUAUUAACAUAGCAACAUAUUAAAUUGCUGCAUCGUAUUUUAAGGACAACAGUGUUCAUCUAGAUUUAUGUGAAGCAAAUUAAUGUACUUCUAGAAUGUUAACAUAUACAUACUGAAAAUAAAUCAAUGAUUUAAAUGUA